AUGGCUGAGGAGUUUCAUUCAUCAACCGGGAUUCGCACAAAGCCAACAGAAGAUGGGCGAAUUGAUGCUUGCACAGCUGUUAAAAAAUCGCGACAAGCAGCAGCGGACGCAACACAACACAAGCGCAGCCGAGGUUGCCCUUCCAUUCGAGUAGACGGUGGCGAGGCCGGCUGGGCCCUGGUGGUGGUGGUGAUAGUCCUUGCGGCCCUGCGAUUGCGUCAAUUCCAGAAUAUGGUCGUCAACGCCGCUGGACUGAAGAUCGAAAGCGAAGAAACUCCAAGCGAUCCACAGGCGAUAAGCCAAGUUAGCGCGAUGCCCAGCGAACAGCUGACACGACGGUGGAAAAACAUGGGAAAACGAUCGUUACUGACUGGUGACGACAAAAUGCGAAUUGGCCGUUGGCGCAAGACAACGGAACAGUUGGGAAGCAGCAGUAAGGAGCAGACUGCCCAAAUGAGGGUAGAAGUCACAGCAAAUAGUAGUCAUAUUCAAGUGAAAAAGCUUAUCAAUAGAUUAGUAAGCAAGUCCAGAUUGUAAAG